AGAUAACUACAACGGAGCUGUGAUAUAGACUAGAGGGGUUGAAAUCGAAGCGGGGAAAGAUAGCAAUGUGGGGUGCUAUCAUGACCGGGAUAUUCCCGAGGCAGGUCUCCCCUGGAUGAGUACUAAUACAGAGUUUCCCCGGCAUGGGGUUGCUUGUUUCUUGACUCCCUGCCGCCAAUUAACCAGCCCUUGAGCCAUUAUACAUUCAAUCAUUUGAUAUUCACAAGAAUGUCUACCCCGCGUCGACCUCCCCCCGCAUACACGGCCCCUCCGGACUCUGGGGUUCAUGCUACUUCCCAACUGUACCGGUCCAUUUCCGAGACCGCUUCCACUGCCUCAGCUAGAGUUCAGGAGUCAUCCUUUACGAUUCGCCCAUGCUCAGGCCAGGCUUGGGUUGUACCGGCUGGCCAUAUCUGCCGCUUGACUACCCCCAAGGGCCCUCAGGUUGGUGACCUGAACAUUUGGAAUGCGAACAACCCACGAGAGCGUAUGUGGGCUGCUCGUACCCGUCAAAUCCAUGCUUCGCAUGUUUCCGUCGGCGAUCGCCUAUGGUCGAAUCUGCCGUACUUACGACCCCUCGUGACAAUCACUGGGGAUUCUCUGGGAGGUGGACAGCUCCAUGAAGUCCUCGGACCGGAUGGGAACCGAAGGGAAGAAGUUGUUUUCGGAACUACCAAAUGGGGAGGACGAGUACAUGAUCUUAUGGGUACUAGAUGCGACCCGUAUGUCAACCUUUUGAUGGGCGGGGAAACUUUCGACUUCCACUGCCACUCAAACCUUACCCGCUCCGUGGUGCCUUUUGGCCUGACGGAAUUGGACGUUCAUGAUGUCCUGAAUGUAUUCCAAGUGACGGGCCUUGAUGAGCAAGGGAAGUACUUUAUGGAAACUUCCCCAGCCAAGGUGGGAGAAUAUUUUGAAUUCUUCGCUGAGGUUGAUGUUCUAUGUGCCCUUUCAGCGUGCCCUGGUGGUAUGUAUUCCCUCUAUAGACAUUCAGUGAAAGAACACUAAUUGUUUCCUUGUAGGUGACCUUUCCAACUGGGGUUGGGAGGACAAAGGCGCUGAGAUGGGAGCGACCACCCGUCCUCUUGG